AUGAACCGCGGACGGACGACAGCAAGGGGGGCCCUUCGAGGUGCCGCCGCUUCGGGGACGCGGCGAACGGCAGGCGAGAAUGUCGACGACGUGUCGGCCUCGAGUUCAUCAUCGCCGCAGACGGCCCCGGCGUCCGAUGGGGCGACGAACCCGAGAGGAUCGGUACGGCGCGGGACCACAACACGGGCGACCCGGGCGCCCGCGGCCGGCCGAUUCAAGCCAAAGGCGGUGCGAAGAGACGAAGCCGACCGAGACAGCCUGGCUCGGCUGGAGGCCCAGAAGGCGAGCGAGAGGGCGGCCGAGGAGCGACGGGCCAGAGGUCGGCUGCGCUAUCGAAGCAAGAGGAGCCGCGGCGACGCGAUGGGAAGCAGGGGAGGCGGCUGGGGUCGAGGAGCGUCGACGGCCAGCGGCCCCUUUGGAGGAGGCUUUGCCGGACCUUCCGCAAGAGCGGGCGGUUGGUUCGGUGGCGGCGGCGGCGGCGGCGGCGGCGGGCGGCACGCAAGGUCGGACGGCAAAGGAUUCGCCCAGGCCGACGGCUCACGGAUGCGAGAGGCGAGAAUCAACGCCGACAAGCUCCACGUCAUGUCUCCCGACGAGGAGCUGGACAGCGACGACGAGGCCAUGAUGGCGGCCCUCAGCAACCGAACGGCCAGCUCGAUGCCCAUGGGCAUAUACCGACGAGAGCACAAGGAGACGGGCAUCGUCGUGGCGACAACGGCCGAGCUCGAAGCGGCCGAGCACGCCAACGGCGAGGAGGAGAGCCUCUGGGUCGACGGCGACGGCGACGUGCCGCUGGACAAGCAGCCGGAGGAGCAGGGCGUCUGGGAUGCCAAGGCGGACACGGACUUCAUCAAGAAGGAGCCCGGCACGGCGGACGAGAUGGACCUCGACGACAAGAUCAGACAGCUGCCCGUCAAGGAGACGGAGGUCGCGCCGGCGACGAAGCCGAGGAAGGAGCCGCCGCAAGAUUCCGAGGAACGGGCGAUCCUGACGGACAUGAACCUCCUCGCCAACGAGCUCGGCGCCGUCACGGUGACGGAAGAGGACGGCGAAAGCAAGACCGAGGGACCGGCCAACAAGGACGGGCGGAUGUACCUAUUCCAGUUCCCGCCGCUCAUCCCGCCGCUGAAGCAGGUCGCCGCCCCGCGGCCACGAGUCAAGGUCAAGGCCGAGGCGGAUCCCUUUGACGAUCUCGCCGCCCCCCUCGGCGAGGCCGGCCUUUCGGUCGAUCUCACACAGGACGACGUCUUCGACGACGACGACGACGACGACGACGAUGACCAGCAGCACGGCUUCCGCUCCCAGCGACUUCCCCAGGGCGGCUUGAUAGGCAGGCUCAACGUCCGCAAAUCCGGCAAGGUCGAGCUCGACUGGGGUGGCGUGCCGCUCGAGCUGAGCCCCGCGGCGGGCAUGAACUUUCUCACGACGGCCGUCGUCGUCGAGGAGAACGACGAGAAGCCGCAGCACGGCGUGGUCGGCGGUGACUGCUUCAGCAUGGGCAAGAUCAUGGGCCGCUUCGUCAUCGCCUCCGUCCUGCGCGAGGAGGAGGAAUGGGACGUUGCACCGGAGGAGCUGGUGGCCGGAUGA